CACACAACACUUUGUCUCAAUCAACGUUGUAUCUGUUAGACGUGUUUCUGGUCUUCUCUGUUCAAUACCCUGUAAUACCCCUGUUUUUCAAUGGCUGAUCGCCAACUUGCCAGCAAGAUUGAGGAGUACAUCGAAAAAAUCCACUAUUCUGAUCGCUACUCUGACGACCUAUACGAAUAUCGUCACGUCAUUCUACCAAAACCGCUACUCAAACUUGUGCCAAAAGAGUUCUUCGACGACAAAGUAGGCACCCUUCGUCUACUGUCAGAAGCGGAGUGGAGAGGGAUCGGCAUUACUCAGAGCCUCGGCUGGGAACAUUAUGAAGUACAUGGCAAGUUCAAACACUUAGAUGAAGGCGGCGACGCCACCACUGACAAUAAGCAAUCAGCCCCAGAGCCACAUGUCCUCCUUUUUCGCCGUUCGAAGACCUAUGCACCUCCCACGCAGCCACAACCUGCUCCGGCUGCGAGACAAGCUAAUGCGAGGAAAAAGUAG